AUUUAGCAAGACAAAAUCACCUCUGGGUGAUGUAACAACCACUCUUUGGACUUUUCCUCAUCUAGUAUCCUUCCUUCUCUUCUCCAAUCGCCUUUUCCUCCCCCCUCUCUCUCUCUUGUGCGUAAUAGUAAUGGCUCAACCUCGUUGGUCCAAACCCGAUAAGCCCGCUGCCAUGUACCCACCAUCUUCCUCACCUCAGAAUCCCACGGUCCCGAUUGGUCUAACCAGGUACGGUUCGGCCCCAGGUUCGUUUUUAAGCAGGACUGUGGAUUCUGUCAUUGGGUCUGACCGUGAAUUCUCUGCCUUGGGUUCCUCCUCGUCUUCGCUAGUUGGUCAGCAGUACGUCUCUGGGGACUCGUCCUCGCUUACCACUGAGUCAUCUUGCAAAGUCAACUCAUCUAACGAUCCAAGGCCGCCGCCGAAGAGCAGCGCCGGUGAUGGUUUGCAGAGAUCCUAUGGGUUCAAUGAUAUUAAUGGUUCUUUGGUCAGGCAGAAGAGCUCGCCCGCUGGUUUUCUAUCCAAUCUCUCCACGGAAAACGGUUUUUCAAUUACAACGGGAAGUGGAGGGUAUAACUCUCACAAUGGUGCAACUGGUGGCCACACUGUGUCAAGGUUGAAGUCUCAGUUGAGCUUUGCCGGACAAGAUUCUCUUUCUCAAAUAUCUGAAGUUAGUGAAAAUGCCGCUGAAGGCAUCAACUCUAACAAUGGCCGCCAGAAUUCUUCUCAUUCUUAUGCUGCUGCUAGCUUCAGGAUGGAGUCCUGGGACAAUACCAAUUCCAUUGUAUUUUCUGGGCCACCAAGCAAACGAACGAAGAACAUUGAUGGAGACAUUUUUAACUGUCUCAAUGGCUUAGAAACUCAGUUUAGCUUGCCUCAAACUAGUCUUGAGAUGGCAACAGUGGAGAAGCUACUAAAUAUUCCUGAAGACUCUGUGCCAUGCAAAAUCCGCGCCAAGCGUGGCUGUGCCACUCACCCACGAAGUAUUGCUGAAAGGGAACACAUUCAUUACAGGUUCUUUUGAAUGAAAGCCUCAUGCUUUUAAAUUAUUGGGAGCUCCAAAUGGGUUAAAAGAAGAAGGUGAGACUAAGGCUAGUGGGUGAAGUACCUGAAAAAUCAAAGAUUCUAUGAGAAUUAGAAGAGCAGUCAACAUGGGGAGGAUAUAUAUGGUGAAAGAAAAAAAUUGACGAAAUGAUUAGGGAAGAAGAAGGUGGAGAAUAGUGGGGUAGUCAACUAGUCAUCCUGAUGGGAUUUGCGAGUGGACCCAACUCGCUGGAAUUGAUUGUGCUGAAGGAGCCAAUGGAAGGUGUGCUGCACCAAAAUCAAUGUUAGAUCAUGUUCAUAUUGAUGGUCAAGCUAUACUUUAAGAUCUUCACUACUGUGUUGAGACAAUUUGUCUGCAUUGUACAAAAGAUGGAUUGUUAUACGCACACAAGGCAACGAUAUGUAUAUUGUGAGCUGGAGAGUUGACAGUAGCAAUGGCUAAGCCUAAAACAGAGGAAUCACUUGUAGUGUAUUUUGUAAGAGGACCUGAAAAAAAGACCUAACAUGCAUACAUGUUUGUAGUAAUACGUGUUCAUUUAUAAAGCAGAAGAUUGCAAAAGUAUGGUGGUACAUAUCAGUGCAGCUGAGCAGCUGAACUAGUUCAGUGCUAUUGUUCAUUCAUUUCAUAAUCAGGUUAUCUACUGGUUACUCUACAUAGAAGUUAAGAGGAAUAUGUUCCUUUUGUUAGGUGAACUGCAAAAGAGGAUUUUUUUUGUUGUUGUUUUUGUUGUAAUUCGUCAUUGUGUUUUGUGUUCAUACCCAGGAGAGAAGAACCAGAAUAAGUGGGAGAUUGAAGAAACUGCAAGAGCUUGUUCCAAACAUGGAUAA